UAACGAGGACUAAACACCGUGACUCUUUAACUCUACCACAGACUAUUGCAGACCACUACAAAACAGACAGACAGAGACAGCCAAAAUACUACUACUGCUGACCUCUGUAGAUUGGGAAAGAUUUUGGUCAUUUUUCGCCAAAACUGUUACUGACAGCGACUAGGAGGCCAAGACGUUAUGAUUCUGUAAUUCUACAACAGCCGACUUAGACCCAGACAGAGAAUACAAACACAACUAGACCUGUAGAGGUUCGAUGUAAACAUGGUGGUGUACCUGAGGAAAAACAUUCGCUCUCUGCUCUCCGUCUUCAAGAAGAAAGCUGGUCCUAAGUGUCUGGAUGAACAGAAGGAGCUGACAGUUCACUACACAGCCUCCUCACACCACCAGGAGAAUGUGUUCAUCGAGGGCAACCGCCCUCAGUACCUGGAAGACCUGCACACUGAGGCACGGGAGGGGUUAAAGAUACUGCAACAAGAAGAACACAACAAAGGAGUGGACUUUCAGGAUGACCAUAGUGAUGCAGAUGUUAGCCCCACCCACAGGGAUGGAUCUCAGGACUCAGGAAGUACCGCCGGGAACUAUGUUACUGCAGGGACCUCUGCUGGACUGGGAUUGGCUGUGUCCACGAGACCUGUGCUCACACGCCAAGGCUCCACAUUCAAGCCUCUGAACCCAGUGAAGAGACUGGACAAGAGGGAGAACAGGAGAAUUACUAUCAUGGGCAUACCCCAGCAGGUCCAGAGAGAGCUGGCCCUUCACAGUGGCUCCGAGUACAAAGUUCAUUCCCAGCUCCCGAACGGCUCUGUCGGACAGGGUAGAGACGGCCAAUCAGGUGUGGUCGUCAUCCCCACCAUCGACGGAGAGACCCCUCUAGCCAACUACGAAGGGGCAAGAGUACACCUCUCAGACCUGGAGGCAUCCAGAGAGGAGCAGCUGUUGAGACACCACCUCCAGUCUGUUUACAGGGACGACCAGGGCUUCAGCUACCACAGGGGACUGGACUCUCGUCUCUCCUCCACCCAGAGGCCCAAGUCUCUGGCCGUGCCGGGCACGACCUCCUCCUGCUCCUCUGGAGUCCCCAGCUUCCUCCAGGAGCCACAGGGUCCGGUGAUGUCCAUCUCUCCCCAAGCAACUUACAUGUCCAAGAUCAUCCCCAACGCCUACCUGCCGGCCUCCGUCGACAUCAUACAGAUUGACCGCAGCACCAGCCGUACCCAUGGAAACAGCGGUAACGGAACGGCCCUUACCGUCAGCAAGAGCUGCCUGGCGUCCGGGUCGUCGGACAGCCCUGCGUCGUCGAGGAGGUCGGGCGGUGAAGGUUGCUAUGAAGGCGGUGACAGCGUUUCACAUGGUGACAGUAGUUCCCGUAACAAUGGCUCUAAGGUGACCCCACACUCAGUGACUUCAAGAUCCAGCUGGAGCCACUCGCAGUCUUCCGAGACGAUCAAGUCCAACUCCUCCGCCAUCUCCUCCACGAAGGGGAGCUUCGGACUUGCUAACCCACAGACGGUGAGUCUCGUUGGGCAUGAGACACAGCCGCAGCAGCCUGGUGCUGGGGACCAGGACAAGGUGAGCCUACAAAGCUCCGCUAGCUGGGUCAGCAGCACUUUUAGGGGUACUGGUACUGCGACCACUCAGGGGGUCCUAUCUAGAUCUGGGGGGAUGAGCGAUGUUGGAGGAGACUCUUUCAGAUUCUCUCGCUGUCUGUCGAUCAUGAAGACCAAGUUGCCCCCGGCUCCCCCCAGGAGAACCAACUCACUGCACCAUGAGAAGAUGAUAAAGAGGCGACUGGUGGAGAUUAAAGACCUCAGUGACUCUGCGGGUGGGAAGUUGGAGGCUGCUGAGGACACAAGCUUGGUUACGAUCGAGAUCUCUAAAGAGCUCUACAAAGAAGUCACAAAGAGCUCUGUCCCUGUAUCCAAAUCAUCUGGGUUUAACUCUUUAGAUGAUACAAGAUCUUCCACAGCAUCUAGUCCUCUGAGUCCCACACAGGCAUCACAUGGAGGUAAUGGGAAAUCAGAGGGGCCAGUGUCCAGCAGCUCUUCCCCCCAGAAAGCCCCAUCAGAGGAGGGUACAUUUGAAAGGACCAUGUCCCCCUCCAGUGGGUACUCCAGCCAGAGUGGUACACCGACACUUUCCCCCAAGGGAAUCCUCCCUUCCGUCUCCCCAGGCAAACAGAAGAAGUAUCCUGUCAAACCGGAACGAUCUGGUUCAAGAGCUUCCUUCUCUGCAGCCUCAGUCUCCUCUUCCCUCACCUCCCUGUCUUCAGUCACCUCAGAACUCGUCAAUCGAGAGGCCUCGAAAAACAGCUUUAGCCCUCUUCAGCAGGCCUCCCUACCCCCGGCUGUUAUGAGAAUAGAAGAUCCAGAAACGGUGACCCCGGUCCGUUUCUCUUCAUCCAUGGCGAUCAGUGAGCUGCUUAACAUUCCGCCACCCCCCAAAAUCAAAGCCCCUUCCCCACCACCCCCGGAGACCUGGGCCCACAACAGACACACCUUCGAACUGCUGUGUGGGCCUUGCCCCAACGUCAACAGGCUAGCACAGCUCCAGAAGCAACAGGAACUAAAAGAGCAAGCUGCCAUGAUUGAGCAAAAGCAGGAACCUCAAACUAAAGCUAGCAAGGAGUCUGAAGACUCAAACAACAAGCAGGCUGCAGUAGAAGAAGUUACUUUGACAAAAUCAGAAAGCAAAUAUAUUGUUCCCCGAGACAAGACUGAGCCUAUGUUAGAGCAGGCACCUGAGGUAUCCGAGAGCACAGAAAGUCAAACGAAAGAACAAGGAAGCCUGGCGGUGAUCGCAGAGAACGUAAAAGCAAGUGUAGAGAUCCAGGACCAGAAGCAGGAACAGAGUAGUAGUAGUAGCAGUAGUAGUGUUGCACAGGUCAAGGAUCAAGAAGAGAGGCUAGAGACACAAGUUUGUUUAACAAUGAUUCCAAAGAAGGAACCCCCUCCUGUCAUGAAGAAAAGUACUCAUAGAAAAGAAGCUAAAGUUCAAUUAACAGCAGAUAUUCAACAAAAGUCACCAUUUGGUGAGGUCACAGUAGAGGUGAAGGUAGAGUCACCCAGCGAGAGUGAGAAGUGUUCUCCACAGGCUGAGGUAGUCGCUAAGGAAGUUGAGGUUGAGGUAGCAGCUAAGGAGGUCGAAGGUCGGAGUGCUACUGAAAACACUAUAGAGGAAAGUCCCACCAAAUCUACACAGACCCUUCCCGUGGAGCCCCCCAAAGUGGACCGGGUCUCUCCUCCGCCUCCCCCCCCUUCCCACCACCCUCCUCCACCUCCUUCUAAGACACCUCCCUACUCUGUAGCCCCUCCCCCACCUGAGGUAGAGGAGGAGUGUGAGGAUGAGAUUCCCAUAGUACAGUCCUGCUGGCCCCCUCCACCCCCACCAGAGGAGCCAGCUGGUUCAGUCUUUGAUGAGCCAGAUGAGAUAGACUUUCCACCUCCUCCCCCUCCCUUCAUGACGGAGAGCUUGCCAGAUGUGGUGGAGACAUGUAACACAGUCGCUGAUGUCCAGGAGGCGUCCAUUAUAGCUCUGGAUGGGGAGGAGGUUAAGGAAACCGUGAAUGUUUUCACUGUCGCAACUGUGAAUGGGGAAACUGCAGAUCUUUCAUACAUUUCCACUCAGAUGGAACCAAAAGAGGAUAAACCUGAAAAGGUGAUUCUGAACUCUAAUGCUCUAAUCCCAACUGAUGAAACCAGCUUUGAGGAAUCUGAAUCAGCUGAGCUGCAAUUAAUUCCUUCAGAUGAUUCAGCUGUCGUUUCUCCAGUUCAGCCCAAUGAAAAAGAGGCAGAGGUCAAGCAAUCUGCCCAGAAACCAAUCGCAAUGCAAGAAGACACCCCACAACCAACAGAAACUUCUCCUGAGUCACAGGAAGUCCCGCCCUUACCAGAGGAUGUCCCUCCCUCACACCAGGAAGCUCCUCCUCCUCCUCCUCCACCAAUGACAACAGCCUUGGUGCCCCCAUCAAGUAUUCCUCCUCCACCUCCUAUCAAUGUCCCCCUCCCUCCCCGUGUACAAAUUGAGGAUCAGAUGCCUUCUGAGCUCCCUAACAAUGCCCCACGUCCACCACCCAUUAACAUUCCUCUCCCACCCCCUCUCCCAACUGAGAACCAACCCCCUGUGAUCUUCAGGAGACAGCCCAGCUUGGCGAACAGAGAGACCAGGAGCAAAGAGCUUCUGUCAAGGCACAAGAGUGUCCCUAUUCCCAAAGAAGAUGCCAACAUUCCACUGGUCACACCCUCUCUGCUUCAAAUGGUACGUCUCAGAUCGGUCAACGUUGGCGAAGACUACGUUAAAGUGCUUUCUGAAGACAACAAUUCCAACAGUGGGAAGCCACCUGCUCAGGAUCAGAGUUCAACCCAAAUCCAAACCCAAGGAUCUCAGAACGUAACACCCCAAAAACCAAUUCGGAGAUCCCUGUCACUAAAAUCCACACCUCCGCCACUGAAGUCGUCACCAGUGACGCUCAUCGCCCCCUCGAUGAGUAUGCAGGAAGCUAUCCGAAUGAAGACAGCAGCCAUGUCUUCCAGAGAUAAUCUCCCAACACGCUUUAGAAUGCCAUCCUCCACCUCAAUUCCCAGUUGCAGUGGGGGUAAAUCAGGAAUGUUUUCCCCAUCGUUACCAGAAGGGGGUGUGAUGCUAAAGACCCCCACCACCACCGCCGCCGCUAGCUUCAUCUUCUCCCGGAGCUCAAAGAAGGUUGUCAUAGAAACGCCUGCCUCCUCCUCCUCCCCCGAGGUACAGGCGAGCCUAAAGCAGAGCCUAGCCGCGGAACUCAAGCGCUUUUCCGAACAAUCUAUGGCUUCCACAGUCGCUAAUGGCAACGUUGGAAGAACUGGGGUUCCGAGGAGAAUUCCGCCACCCGUGGCUAAGAAACCAGCUCACACCUUGGAGAAGCCUGUGUGUUCUACACUGAGGAGCACUUCAUCUCCAAGGGGAACAGAAGCUAACGGAGAGACAGAAACAGCGCAACCUGCAGGCCAGCAAGCACUGACAGAGGACAGCAAGUGAAAUGGAGACGUCUAACAUUGUGGAAGCACCAUUGCGCUUUUGAAAAAGACUGGAUUCUUGUGGAAUGGGACUAAGACGGACGAACAAAUCUGCAAGAACCUGAGAAACAUGGGGGAGAGAGAGAGAGAGAGAGAGAGAGAGAGAGAGAGAGAGAGAGAGGGAGAGGGAGAGGAGAGAAAGGGUAUAGAGAGAGAGGAGAGAGAGAGAGACAGAGAGAGAGAGGGGGAGAGAAUAAUGAGAGUAGAGAGAGAGAGUCAACUCAGAGUUAAAAUGUCUUCAAAAGGCCUUUAUAUUUUUUGCAAAAAAAAGAUGGCAUUGGUCCCCAUUUCUUUUCAAAUUAAAGCUUUAUUUUGGGAGUAUUUUUUUAAAACAUAGAGGUCCAGUGAGGAUCUAUUCAAUCCGUAUCGUGGAAGUUUAAAGACAAUGUUCCAGCGUUAGAGGAGACUGCCUUCACCGGCUCGGAAAAACACCUUUAAAAGCAUCUCAUCGCCACAGAUAGAACAGAGAGCCCUUCGUCUGCUCUAGGAAAGUGCAACCAUCAGGACAAAGGACAAACUGCGGCUGGAUUUUGUAAAUACAGCACAAAAGGCUGUGCUUGUAGUAGAGGUCAUCCAGAAGUCAUCCAGAGGUUAAAAAAAGGUAGCAGUCACUGCAGUUGAGAAAGAAAAAACAAGAUUUAAAAAAUUAAAUAAAUAAAAAAUCUUCAUAAAGAUUCCCUUUUGGAGUCAAACAAUCACUGAAUUAUUUUAAUUAAUGAAUUAAUUAUCUUAUUUCCUAAUGGCAGAUUAUGUAAUUCCCAGAAUUUAUCUUUUGAUCUCGUCGAUCAAUCAAUCAAUUCAUUUGUGGUGUCAAUCAAUCAAUUAACACCACAUUUUACUGCGCCUAUCCGGGGUGUUUGUCAAUCAAUGUGUUAUUUUUGUUGUUUGACCAAUGACACCACAAGUUAUUUAGGCUUAGGUAGGGUAGCGCAUGAGAAAAAGAGAAGCUGCAUAUUUAAAAAAAAAAAAAAACAUUUAUAUAUUAGAAAUUUAUUUAAAAAAUAAAAUAAAAUAAAAAAAAUCACCUUGUAAGAUAAUGAAGCUUUUAAAGUUUAGGCAAGAAAACCUUUUAUCCUUCUGAAAACUAACGUUCAACAAAAUGAGCUGCUUCCCAAUUCUAGAUCUCUUGGCCUGCAUCCCAAAUGGCACAUGCAUUCCCCACAUAGUACUAGUAUGGUGGCAGCAGAUAGCCUUGUGGUUAGAGCGUUUGGCCAGGAACUGAAAGUUUGCUGGUUUGAAUACCCGAGCCGACAAGGUGAAUAAUUGUUUUUGGGGUUUUUUUGCACCAGGGGUACUGUACUACAAUGGCUGACCGUGUAAAACACCACGUUUUAUUGCACCUAUCCGAUGUGUGUCAAUAAAACUAUUAUUUUUUGGGAAAGUUUAAAUGUUGUAAACCAGAGAAUAUAGUGUAUUUUUGGGACACAACUCAAGCAGAUAGGCACGAUAUGGCUAUUCCUUAUAGUUACUUACACUAAACACCAUUCCCAAGCGUUUAAAAGACAAUAUUGAUGGCUUUUCUGUUACUCAACCAUUUCCUGUUUUAUUAAUUAAUGUCUUUAAGUUGCUUUCUUUAUUAGUCCUGCGUUAUUAACAUCGUCUGUCAUUUCACAACCAAUUAUUAAACCUUUGGUUUGAGUUCAACUGAUUCAUCAAAAUGUCUUGUUUCUGUGGAUGGCCUUACAGAGUCAGUUUUACUUCCUAAAAUCCAGAGGCCUGUGGAUCGUAACUACGGAAACAGUGAGUGUAAAUGGUAAACUAUUCCCUACAUGGUGAACAACUUUUGGGACGUACCUUGUGAACAGUAGUGCACCAAAGUAUUCAGACCCCUUCCCUUUUUCACAUUUUGUUACGUCACAUUAUUCUAAAAUGUAUUAAAAAAUGUUUUUAAAAAUGUC